CCCGGAUGCAGCGCGAGGCGGCAGCGGCCGCGGCUCAACAGGGCGGGCCUGCCGACCACGGGGCCAACGGCGCGGAGUAGCUCUGAAGCGCUUCCCCCCCUCGGUUAUCCGGCAGCAGCUCGAUAUCCCACCAUUGCGACGCCCGCCGGAUAUGGCCGAUGUUCGACCACUUCUAGGCGACCUUUCAUGCGAUCCGAUCUUUCCGUGCAGGCGUUGGUUCCCCUGUUGUUUAGAGACAAAAUAUUCCCCCAAUUUUUCCUGCGCUUUUCACGAUAUCCGCUGCUCAACCAACCUCGGGAUGUGGGCAACACCCGGGGACGGCCGGCAGGGCGGUGUCGAGGUCCUAACCGGAGUGGUGUGUGUGCUGGUGGGCUGCUGAGAACGGGGCUCAGGGAAGGUCAACCGAGGUUUCCUGGGUCCGGGUCUGGUUAUCGGGUGUGGGCGGCCGGGAACGGCGGUUCCCAUCAAACACGGUCCCAGACCGCGACGAUGAGCCGUGUUGCAAGGGACAGGGCUCAGCCUAAGCACGCUUUUCUUGUCCUCCAUCGUCCACGCCAUCUCGGUCACGACCCCGUCUACCCCCUUACCUUGACUGUCUGCUUUUUUCUCAUUUCUACUAUUGGACUUCUAAUGCAGAUAUCACCUAAAUUCAACUUUCCUACUCUGAUGCUGCUCUCAUGUCCACCACUUCUCUGCAUUCCUUCGCUAGCGGGAUGCCUUAGCCCGGGUCGAUGUUGGUGUAAUACGGAUUUUAGCUGAACUCAAAAGUACGACACGAAAGGGAGAGAAAGCGGGAGGAAGAACUACCUGUGCACUUGAAUUUAUGAUGUUAUCCGAGCUUGUCUUCACUGCAUCCCGUCUAGGCAUAGAUACAAUACGACCAUGAAUGUCGAUGCGUAAAUGAUCAAUUCGGAACCCUUCCCAAAAGCACCUAGUAAACUAACGUGGACGCAGCUUCGCUCAAGAAAUGCGAGCGAAGUGCGCC